UUCUUCUUCUUCUUCAUUUCCUCCAUCUCUGCUCUCAACUCUGAUGGAAUCCUUCUUCUUUCUUUCAAAUACUCUGUUCUCUCUGAUCCCUUUUCAGUUCUUGAUAACUGGAACUAUGAUGAUCUAACUCCAUGUUCAUGGCAAGGAGUCACCUGUGAACCCACACUUCAGUUCGAUUCCAACGUCGUCAGCUUGGUGCUUCCCGAUUCCCACCUUCUGGGUUCCAUUCCUCAGGAUUUGGGGAUGCUUCCGCAUCUACGUUCUCUUGAUCUCUCUAAUAAUUCCUUGAAUGGAACUCUACCGCCUUCCAUUUUCAAUUCUUCUGUACUUGAAUCGCUUUCUUUGUCCUCCAAUGUCAUCUCCGGUGAGCUCCCGGAGUUGAUAAGUGGGUUGCAUAGUCUUAAGGUGCUUAAUCUCUCUGAUAAUGCAUUCGCCGGAAAGUUACCGGAAGCUCUUGCGUCUAUGAACAACUUAACUGCUGUUUCCUUGAAGAAUAAUUAUUUCUCCGGUAGCAUUCCUGGUGGGUUUGAUCAUGUUGAGGUUUUGGAUCUGUCUUUCAAUUUGUUUAACGAGACUCUGCCUCUUGAUUUUGGAGGAGAGAGAUUGCGUUACUUGAAUCUGUCCAACAACAAACUUUCCGGAUCAGUGUCGCCUGAGUUCGCCGGAAAAAUACAAGCAAUUGCAACCAUUGACCUCUCGUUCAAUAAUCUCACCGGAGAAAUCCCACAGUUGUUGUCUUUAUCUAAUCAAAAAACAGAGUUCUUCGCCGGAAACCUGGAUCUGUGUGGAAAACCACUCGACAGAAUGUGCACAAUCCCUUCAUCACUAUCAACUCCACCAAACGUCACUGCAAAUGGUUCCGCCUCCGCAGCAAUCGCAGCCAUUCCCAAGAACAUAGACUCGUCACCCUCGUCGGUAAACACCCCAGGAACAUCGGCUAUGGCGGAUAACCACGGUGGCCCGAAAGUUAAGCCAGCGAAAAUAGCAGCCAUUGUAGCCGGUGAUUUAGCCGGUAUUGGGCUUCUCGCCAUUCUUUUCCUCUACGCAUACAAAUUGCGAAAGAAGAGAAUGAACCAGAAUCAAAACCCAACAACCAAAAUCGAAGAAUCCAAGAUUUCAAAAGAUACCACCAGUACCAGACCCCUCUCUACAACCUUCUCAUGCUUGAAUGGUGUCACCGGAGAUGAAUCAUCGGAAACGGCGACUGGGUCCGACAGCGAUCACGAGAACGACAAUCUGACGAUCGACGUGAAACAAAAGUGUUUGGUUAUGGUAGAUGGGGAGACAGAGCUGGAAAUAGAGACGUUGUUGAAGGCGUCAGCGUAUGUGUUGGGUUCAAGUGGGUCAAGUAUAGUGUACAAGGCGGUGCUGGGUGGCGGAAGCGGCGGCGGAGGGAUGGCGUUUGCGGUUCGGAGGAUCGGAGAUAGUGGGGUGGAGAGAAUGAGGGAGUUCGAAAACACGAUUAGGAUUAUGGCCAAGUUGAGGCACCCAAAUCUGUUAAGGGUUCGAGGGUUUUACUGGGGAGAAGAUGAAAAGCUUGUGAUCUACGACUAUGUCUCCAAUGGAAGCUUGGCCGGUGCUGGUUACAAAAAGGUUGGUUCGUCUCCAUGUCAGAUACCUUUUGAGGUUCGACUCAAGAUAGCAAAAGGGGUUGCUAUGGGGCUGGCGUACAUCCAUGAGAAGAAACAUGUACAUGGCAACAUAAAACCAAGCAAUAUCCUGUUGACAUCGGAAAUGGAUCCGGUGAUUAGUGAUUUUGGGUUAGAAUGGCUUAUAUCAGGGAAACACAACUACAAAACAAAGGGAUCAAAUCGACACUUUGGUAGUAAAAGAUCGAUAUCAUCGCGUGAAGAGAUGAUGAUCCACCAUGAUUAUCAUCACUCGGCUAGUAGCAGUCCGUACAUGGCUCCAGCUACAGGGUUACUAGGGUGCACAUCUCCUUAUCAUGCACCAGAGUCGAUGAAAAGCCUCAAACUGAAUCCUAAAUGGGAUGUUUACUCAUUUGGGAUCGUCUUGCUCGAGCUAAUAUCAGGGAAGGUGUUCUCAGAAAGGGAGUUAGGAUUGUGGAACACUGCUUCGUCAGACAUCGAAGAUGAGAACUCGAUCUUAAAGUUGGUUGACAUGUCCAUCAGAAGCGAUAUUGACGGCAGACGUGAUGCGACACUCGCAUGCUUCAAACUAGGGUUCAGUUGUGCAUCACUGAACCCACAAAAGAGACCUUCCAUGAAAGAGGCAUUGCAAGUACUCGAAAAGAUACCAUGCUCGUCUUUUCAAUGAUGAAUUAUGCAACACAAAAGCCCGAAAAGCAAGAAUUGAGAUGGAAAAAGGGUUAAAGGGCAUCACUUUAGAGCUUUUGACUUGGAAAUUUUGUUGCAAAUGAAUGUUGAUAUUGAUUCAAAAAGUAUUUUGUUUUGUUUUAACCUUU